CCAUCAUGCAGUCUCAGCAAACUCCUCGGUAUGUAAGCUAGAAGAGAUGGCCUGUUGUUUAGGCACUUGCUGGACAGACCGAUGGCUAGACCUCUAUGCGAUAGAUGUAGAACAACACAAACAACAACUUGGACUAAACUUGCACGACGGUAGUCGGCAGUACGCCUUAAAAUCAGAGAAAUGUCUCGACACGUUUGGCCUUCCAAUACGCUAUCUACGUAGCACUUCACUCACCCUGAUCAUCUUAGCACAUGAAUACAGGCAUAUAUGUCAGAUACACGCAAAGUACAAUAACUUGGCUUCACAGCGAUCUUGGUGGAAUCAAUCACGUCUUCACGCAGAACUAGUGCUUGGAGAGUCAAUUCAAUACGAGUCGGAAACUCCCGAGGUCAUCUUUACCGGCCGAUGUGGUCUUACUGGAGAGAAGUUCGGAAUUUUUCUAGUCAAUAUGAUUAUUAUAUUUCUCUUGCACAAGCACAUACGACCACAGGAUCUUGAGACCACGGCUUCCCGUUCGCUCAGCCCUAGUUAAGCAAGAUACCGGCGGAUUAGUAGUCAGGUGGGUGACCACUGGCGAAUCCCCGCUGUUGUAUGUUUUUUUGUUUCUUUCGAAAGAAGAUCAUUAGGCCGAAAAUAGGCGUACUUGUUAUUUUUUUGUCUUCCCGCAGAUGCUGUUUCGCAUGGUCGAACUUCUUUGACGUCGAGAUAGGUAGUAAAGAGUAGGCAAUAAUUGUGGUUUCAUCGUG